AUGGCCGAGCCCAGUCUCGCGGUGCGGAGGAAGAGCCGCCCCGGCUCUGUCCGGAAGCGGAGCCGGUCCCCGGUGCAGCCUAGCGCUGUCUGCUCGCCGCUGGCUCGCAAGAGACCGAGCUCCGGUGGCGAGGGGCUCCCGGCGGAGACCCCGUGUAGUAAUGAUAGUGAAGAAGAUAUGUUUGGCGACUAUGACAGCUUUUAUGGAAAUGAUUCUUUGCUAGCUCAAGUUGAUGAUGUAGAGCACAAAUGCCUGCAGGAUAAAAAUACGGAUAUUAAAGCAGCUGGAGAAAUUAUACUUGGGAAUCUUCAGUCAGGAAUUCAUCAGAAAAAACAGGAUUAUUUUUCUACUUCAGAAAAUAUGGUUGUCCUUAAAGCUGACAAUGAGGAUGCUUUCCAAACAAAUGAAAAUGACCUGUUGGAUAACAAUCAAGAACUGACUGAAUCUAUUUUAGAUGACUUGCCAUCAUCACAACUUUUGUAUUUUGAGAAAGUGGAUAAACUUUCUUCUGAUUCUAGAAUAUCUCCAGUCUCAGAAAGGAGGAAUAAAUGUGUGAAUUCUUCCUCGGACAAAAUCAGGAGUCCAUCACCUUUUUGUCCUGAUGCUGAACAUGGGAACAGACCUACUGACUUUUCCUCAGACUCUAAGUGUGAUUUAUUUAAAACUGAGAGUCUUAAAGAUCAUCUGAAAAGUGCUAUGACUGGAAAUGCCAAAGCCCGGACUCUGCAGGUCUCUAAGACCAAGCAGCUUAAAGAAACUGUUUUAUCGGAUGUUGCUAGGAAAACUAUUGAAUCUUCUUCAGUUGAUAUAGGUCCUUUUUAUGGAUUACCUAGCAAAGUUAAAGAUCUAUUCAGACAAUUUCGAGGGAUUGAAACGCUUUAUGAAUGGCAGCAUGAUUGCUUAAUGUUAGAAUCUCUACAGCAAAGAAAGAAUUUAAUAUACUCAUUGCCAACCAGUGGUGGAAAAACACUUGUAGCUGAAAUAAUAAUUCUCCAAGAAUUACUUUGUAGGCAGAAGGAUGUUCUGAUGAUCCUGCCAUAUGUUGCCAUUGUCCAAGAAAAGGUCUGGGUUAGGGGUUUAUCGAGUUUUGGGAUAGAAUUGGGUUUCCUGGUUGAAGAAUACGCAGGAAGUAAGGGAAGAUUUCCACCAAUCAAGAGAAGAAUAAAAAAGUCUCUUUAUAUUGCUACUAUAGAAAAAGGACAUGCUCUAGUGAAUUCCUUAAUUGAAACAGAAAGAAUUGAUGACCUUGGUCUGGUUGUAGUAGAUGAGUUGCAUAUGCUUGGUGAGGGAAGUCGUGGAGCAACACUGGAAAUCACUCUUGCAAAAAUUCUUUACACUAGUAAAAACACGCAAAUCAUUGGAAUGAGCGCAACUUUAAAUAAUGUUGGAGACCUGCAGAAGUUCCUGCAAGCGGAGUACUAUACUAAUAAUUUUAGACCGGUAGAAUUAAAGGAAUAUGUAAAGAUACGAGACACCAUUUACGCAGUUGACAACAAAACAGAAAAUGGCUAUACUUUUUCACAUCUCCUUAACUUCAAGUAUUCUAGUAAUCUGGAGAAAGCAGAUCCUGACCACAUCAUUGCACUGGUUACUGAAGUUAUUCCUAAAUAUUCCUGCCUGAUCUUUUGUCCCACUAAAAAGAACUGUGAAAAUGUGGCUUCCAUGGUGUGCAAGUACCUCAAGAAAGAAUUUAGAGCUCACAGGGAGAAAGAGAAACAAGAUCUCAUCAAGAACCUGAAGAAUAUUGGAAAUGGAAGCGUCUGUCCUGUUCUGAAGCAAACAAUCCCUUUUGGUGUUGCCUAUCACCAUAGUGGCCUUACAAAUGAUGAAAGAAAAAGUAUAGAGGAAGCAUAUUCUACAGGUGUCCUGUGUCUACUUGCUUGUACAGCUACUUUAGCUGCUGGAGUCAACCUGCCAGCUAGAAGGGUUAUUCUCAGAGCUCCUUAUGUUGCUAAUGAUGUCCUGAAGAAGAACCAGUAUAAACAAAUGAUUGGCAGAGCUGGUCGAGCUGGAAUUGACAGCGCAGGAGAAAGUAUUCUCAUAGUGCAAGAAAAAGACAAACACUUGGUUCAGGAUUUAAUUAACAGUCCUUUGGAGAAUUGCUACAGCAAUCUUCUGCUGGAGUUGACCAAGGGAAUGCAGAGCCUGUUGUUAUCUUUGGUUGGACUGAAGAUAGCAGUUACCCGUGAGGAAGUCAACAAUUUUAUGUGCAAUACAUUGCUGGGUGUUCAGCAGCAGCUGCUGUCUAAAGAGAAAAGCCUCUCAGAGAUAAUUAAAGAUGGGUUAGAAAAUCUAAUAGAAAAAGGACUCCUAAAAGGAAGAAUAUCUGAGAAGGACCAAGAUUCCAAAUGUACACUAACAAUCACACUGUUGGGUAAAGCUACAUAUAAAGGGUCUAUAGACUUGGCAUACUGCAAUCUUCUUUACAGAGAAUUGAAGAAAGGUUUGGAAGGGCUGAUUCUUGAGAGCAAUCUUCAUCUUCUAUAUCUGGCAACUCCGUAUGAUAUGACUUCUAACUGUAGCCCAGAUUGGAUGAUAUACUUGAGACAGUUCAACCAGUUAAGUGCAGCAGAGCAAAAAGUAGCGGAUAUUGUGGGAGUACCUGAAAGCUUUAUUACAAAAAAGGCUUCUGGUCAAGCCAUCAGAAAGAAUGUGGACAGUGCUGUGGUAAACAGGCUCUACCUGUCGUUUGUCCUUUAUACCCUACUGAAAGAGACCAAUAUAUGGAGCGUUUCAGAGAAAUUUAAUAUGUCUCGAGGAUAUGUGCAAAAUCUCCUUAAUUCUGCUGCCUCAUUUGCCUCCUGUGUUCUCCAUUUCUGUGAGGAAUUGGAAGAAUUCUGGGUUUAUAAAGCCUUGCUGACAGAACUUACCAAGCAGUUGACAUACUGUGUUAAGAGAGAACUCAUCCCUCUGAUGGAGGUAGCAGGGGUUCUAGAGGCUAGAGCAAAACAGCUUUAUAAUGCAGGAUACAAAACUUUAGCACACUUGGCUAAUGCAAAUCCAGAAACUCUGGUCAAGAUGAUUGAGCACUUGUCACCACGUCAAGCCAAACAAAUUGUUUCAUCUGCAAAGAUGCUGCUGAGUGAAAAAGCUGAGGCUUUACAAGAAGAAGUUGAAGAACUCUUAAAGGUGCCUACAAAUAUCCCAGGGACCUACUGACCAACUGUCAUGAAGAAAAAUCAUGAAUCUAAAAAUUGGGAUUUUUAAAAUUUUUAACUUUCCUGUGUAAAGCUGCUGACACAUGUGCUUGAGCGAGCUACUCCAAAAUUCCUGCUUGCAGGAAUCUCUACUAAUUAGUGUAGCUAAUGGAAGGAGAGAAAUAGAGUUGCAGUUCAUAACAAAGAAGUUGUCCCAGAGUUGUGUAAGAAAUUGUAAAUGAUGCCUAGUUUAAGCCAUGUUAAAAGAUGCAAAUAUCAAA